AUGGAAAAUACGAACGGUACAAACGGAGAUGCUACCCUCUUGCAUGAGAUCCUAGCCAGUCUCAAGACCAUUCAGCAAGAGAAUACUCAUCUUGCUGCUGCUGUCGAUGCUAUCAACGGCCGGGUCAAUAUUCUUGCCGGAGUCAAGCAGGUGAAAGACAUGACUGUUGACCCCACCGCCGUCGAACGAAACAAGCAGCACCACGCAGAUCCUGUUGUUCCCACUCUUACUGGGAGCACACCCUCAAGUCCUGAUCUGUCUGGUGUGCCAGAGUCUGGACGUAGAUCGAGUGUGACCUCUAAGAUCAUUCUUACCUCCUACCCAGGUCAGGCUGGCGUUGAUCCUCUGCCUAUGAGUUGGGGCCACAAAGAUCCAUCCAUUCGAGGUCCUGUGGUCGUUUCUAGAAAUCCAACCUCAAUUCGAAGACGAAAUGCUAUUGGUGCUCAUGGCGGUUCCUACGCUAUAUACAAUGCUCUCGCUGUAGCUAGCAAGAACCUCAAUACCGACCAUCGCCCGGAUUUCACCAACACUGAGCCAGCAGCCAACAUUGGACCUUUCCCUCAGUGGUCCGAUCCCAAGAAGAUUGUUGCAAUGGAUCCACUAGGCCACCUUUCUCCUUGGUUGUUCAAGGAUAUCAUCCAGAAAGAAGACGUAGAUAUCCGACCCACUAUUGCCAUCACCAAAGCACAUAUGAAGGUUCCCGAACUUGAAGACAGUGUCAAGGCAGGUAGAUUGGUACCAGAUGGUAAGAUAUGCCUCAACGCAUCUGGUGAACUCGCAGUGACGAAAUUCGCUGUGGAGCCGGUCUGGUACUUGCCUGGGGUUGCAGAAAGAUUUGGUAUUGAUGAAGGUACUCUCAGACGUUCUCUGUUCGAGCAAACUGGGGGUUCUUACCCAGAGCUUAUCACGCGAGGAGACAUCAAGACUUUCUUGCCACCAAUCGGAGGCUUGACUGUUUAUUGUUUCGGAGACCCUGCAAAGAUGUCUGAUCCAAACGUUAAACUUGCUCUACGUAUUCACGACGAGUGUAAUGGCUCGGAUGUGUUCGGCUCGGAUAUCUGCACAUGCAGGCCUUACCUGACGUUUGGAAUCGAGGAGGCAGUCAAAGAGGCCCAGAAAGGCGGUUCAGGAGUUGUGAUAUACUUCCGUAAAGAAGGCAGAGCUCUCGGAGAGGUCACAAAAUACCUUGUUUACAAUGCAAGAAAGCGUGGCGCCGACCGUGCAAGCGAAUACUUCAAGCGCACAGAAAACAUCGCUGGAGUCAAGGACAUGCGUUUCCAAGCUUUGAUGCCGGAUAUCCUACAUUGGCUUGGUAUCACCAAAAUUGAUCGAAUGUUGAGCAUGUCAAAUGGCAUCCCAAUUCACGAGCGAGUCGAACUGCCUGAUGAGAUGAUUCCUGCCGACAGCAGAGUAGAAAUUGAUGCCAAGAUAGCCGCAGGGUAUUUCACCAAUGGCAACGUGAUGACGAUGGACGAGCUGUCGAACGUUCAGGGUCGCGCUUGGGAGGACGUCGAUAUACUGUUCUGCAUGAUUUAG